AUGGAGAGUAGCAUUGUUAACAUCAUCAUCAUCCUGGCUGGGGCCAUCGCACUCAUCAUUGGCUUUGGUAUUUCAGGCAAGCAUUUCAUCACGGUCAUGACCUUCACCUCAGCUGGAAAUAUUGGAGAGGACGGGACCCUGAGCUGCACCUUUGAACCUGACAUCAAACUCAACAGCAUCGUCAUCCAGUGGCUGAAAGAGGGCGUCAAAGGUUUGGUUCAUGAGUUCAAAGAAGGCAAAGAUGACCUCUCACAGCAGCAUGAGAUGUUUAGGGGCCGGACAGCGGUGUUUGCGGAUCAAGUGGUAGUCGGCAAUGCUUCCCUGAGACUGAAAAACGUGCAGCUCACCGAUGCUGGCACCUACACGUGUUACAUCCGCACCUCGAAAGGCAAGGGGAAUGCAAACCUUGAGUAUAAGACUGGAGCCUUUAGUAUGCCAGAGAUAAAUGUGGACUAUAAUGCCAGUUCAGAGAGUUUACGCUGUGAGGCUCCUCGGUGGUUCCCCCAGCCCACUGUGGCCUGGGCAUCUCAAGUUGACCAAGGAGCCAACUUCUCAGAAGUCUCCAACACGAGCUUUGAGUUGAACUCUGAGAAUGUGACCAUGAAGGUUGUAUCUGUGCUCUACAAUGUCACAGUCAACAACACAUACUCCUGUAUGAUCGAAAACGACAUUGCCAAAGCCACUGGAGACAUCAAAGUGACAGAUUCAGAGGUCAAAAGGCGUAGUCAGCUGCAGCUGCUGAACUCCGGGCCUUCCCAGUGUGUUUCUUCUGUCUUUGCAGCUGGCUGGGCACUCCUCUCCCUCUCCUGUUGCCUGAUGCUGAGAUGA